AUGUCGGAGCCUGAUAGUGGGUAUCCCACGCCACGCGAUGAUAUAAUAGACAAUAAUCUCGAUCAAGACAUAGAACUAACUCCUAUCAAAGAACAAAGGCUACCUGCAUCUUCUACACCGUAUGCCGGCUCCUCAAUUCGUAAUUUGAAUGAUGUUUUUCAAGAAGGACUCACACCUAUUAGACGUACUCACGAGGAAAAACGUUCAACAGAGGAAGCUAAGAAACUUAUUGAAUUAGUACGCCAUAAAAAACGAAUGAUGGAAACGGAUCAGAACGUCAAAGAGCAGUUGUCAAGAAUCGAAGAAUUGGUUAAUGAAAAGAGUCGAACUAUAGAGUCCUUGGAGAAUCAACUGGAUUCUUUAAAUCAAGAGAAAGAAUGCAUGCAUGAUAAACUGAAUGAAAGUCAACAAGUAAUCGCGGUUACUAAUGUAAAUUUGGAGGCGAACUCAACCGAGUUAGAGGAAAUUAGGAAACAUUUACAUCAAACCAUAAAAGAGAUCAAUGAACUCAAAUUGGAAAAUAUUGAGAAAACCAGUGAAAUAGCUUUGCUUAAGCGAGUUAUUGGGGCGCGUGAGGAAGAAAUGACGAAAAUGGAAUCGAAAAACUCAAACCUGGAAAACGAAGUACAGCAACUGAGGAACUGCGAAACUCUUUUGGCUGAGUCUGAGAAAAAGGUGGAGACUGUACGGCAAGAGUACUUGUCGCACGAAGCUAAGUUAAGGAAGGAAUCGGAAGAAAGUCUUUUCUUACUGAAAAAACAAAUAGCUGAUCUCAAUACGGAAAGAGAUGAUUUGAUUGAGGGUAGAGAGAAAUCUUCGAAGACAUUGCUGGACAAUCGGCAAAGAGAGAUUCAGUUCCUCGAAGAAAACGAGGAGCUCAGAAGACAGUUAGCCAGUACUGAUGAUAAGUAUGAAAAACUUUCUCAAGAAUAUAGAUUAUUACGAAGUCGGGAAAGCGAUCUCCGAGCUGCAAGGGAGAGAAUGGACGGAAGGUUGUCUGAAGUUCUCAAAAGUCAAGAAGACUUGGAGGACUUGAAAAAGAAGAUGACUCGGUUAGAAAAAAAGAAUAGUGACCUCGAAGCAACUUUGAAGCAGAAGGAUUCUUCUAUAAAUGAGCUAGAGGAGAAAGUAAAAGGAUACGCGAAAAAAGUAUCUAUAAUAGCGGAAGACUUGAGAAGAAUGAGCGAAAAAAACAAGGAUCUGCAAGGCAUGAAUGAUGAACUUAUCGGAACCAACAUAGAGCAGAAAACGAAAGUAUCGGAACUGUCCGGUAAACUUGGAACUGUAGAAAAAGCCAUAAAAGAAACUCAAGAAGAAUUACGCAAAUCACAGAUGGAAAACGAGAAACUAGCUCAUGACCUGAGUGAAGUAACGGGAGAGAAGAAAAUAAUGGCUGAUAAAUGUGGUCGGCUCCAGGAAUUGGAAGGAAUCAACACGAAAUUGUCUACUGAAUUGGCCUAUCUUCGGAAGGAAGUUGAAUGUCAGAAGUCGCCGGAGGAAUUUGAGACUAUUGUAACACAGCUUGCCUGUUCAGAAGAACAGAAUCGGAAGCUUCAAGAAGAUAUCAUACAGUUAAGACUGAGAGAGGAUGAAGUUCGGUUAGGUUUAACCCAAGUCGAUUCUCUGAAGUUUGAACUGAAGGGACGUGAAAAUGAGCUGAAAAAGCAGGAGGAGCAACUGGUUAAACUCGAGAAUGAUCUAGUCGCUAUAAAGCAUGAGAGAGAUAUGAUGAUCCAUGAAAGAAUCGCUUUAGUAAACGAGUUCGAAGCUGUUCGAGAAGCACAUGAAAGCGAAAAGUCGAAACUUCUUGAGGACAUUGAAACUCUCAACUCUCGUUUGAUUCAACUUGAAGCUUUAGAUGGUUAUCCUGGCCAAAUGUCUUUUGAUGCGAUGAACAGAACAGUCUGGGAUGUUGUACCAAAACAAGUACGAGGCGUUCUGGAAAACUUAAAGAAAGACUCAGCUGAAAUUCGGAGCAUAGUGGAUAAAAUGCAGAAGAUUAAUGUCGAUGUUUCUGAUAAAUAUGGUAGUAUCCAUAGCUUAAAUGCUGAACAGUUCUCGCGACCUCAGAGCAGAGCAGGUAGCAGCACCUCUACUCUAGUCGGAAGGAAUAUUAAGCUGUUCGAUGAGCUCAUACAGUCUAUGAACGACAUUGAUCUGACUAACUGCGAAGAUGGAACAUCACAAAUACGAGGUUUUGUAAUCAAGUUCUUAAGGAGCGUUGCUUUCGAAACUGAAACGAACGAAAAAUCGAUUCUUCAACUUUUGGAAAGUACAAGCCGUGAGUUAGAGAGAAGGUCUCAACAUCUGAAGAAAGACAUGGUUCUACUAAGGGAACAAUUGAGUGAAGUAAAGGCGGAACACAGAGAAGCCAUUUCUAACCUCAAUGAUCAACGCGUUCAUGUGGCAGCAUCGGAGGAGCACAUCAGAUUGUUGAGAAAAGACAUUGAUACUCGUGAUAAGAGGAUUAUGGAAUAUAGUAAUGAACGCGACAAAUUAACUUUCAAACAAAGAGAGCUCGAAAGAGACGCUAUGGAACGGACAGAAGAGAUGAGAAAGAUGAACAAUCUUCAAAGAGAACUAAUCAUCGAAGUUGAGGCUUUCGUAUUGGAACGGGAGACGAUUAGUAUGGAGCUCAAAAAGCGAGAAGAUGCACUAAUUAAGGCUCUCGCAGAUAUUGAAGAUCUUCACAGACGGCUGAUUUUAACCGAAGAUUCAUUAUCCGAAUGCACCACCAAUUUGGAAUCCCGUAACGCCACUAUCACAAGCUUGGAAGCGCAUAUCAAAAACAUCAAUCGGAAGAUGCAACACGAGUUGCGAACGAAAAAGUACAACCAAGAAACUAUGGAAAUGUGUAUAAAGCUAUAUGAACAAGAAGAAGAAUAUGUGAAAAGGUUACGACGGCGCAAUGCUGAACGACAACAAGUGAUAGACGAAAUAUUAUCUGGGAAGGAGAUGGGCGAGAAAACUAAGCGGAAAUUGAAUCGUUUUCAACAGGAGGAGAGGAACGAUUCUGAAGAUGAGCGAAAACAUCACGAUGCAUGGACAAUUGUUGCUUUAGCCAUCAUGAAACGUUUGGUACUUGCUCCAACUAUGGAUUUCGAGAAACCCGAAGGUCUAAGCCGGCGUGGUGCCUAG